UGGUUUUUCUCUUCUUCUCUCGGGAGCUGUAGUUUCAUAUUCUUCUCCAACUCAUCUCAAUCACACCCCUAAUUUAUAAAUGCUGUAAUUCUCUUCCCCAAACCUUUUCCUUUUUCUUUUUCUCCCCUCAUUUUCUUCCUUAAAUCCCCUAAAAGAUUACAUAUUUCUCUCUCUAACAAAAUUGCAGUGGCAAAUAGGGGGAGAGAGGUAGACAACUUGCUUUGAGGGUUUGGCUCUGCUCGCUUUUGCAAUCCAAAGAGCAAACCUGAAAUUCUCCACCGACCCUUCUCCAGCUUUUGUCUCCUCUCUCCCUCUUCCUUCCUUCCUUUCCCUCUAUAACUAUCUCUCUCUCUCUCUCUCUAAAUCAAUUAGAAUGCAAAUCACAUUAAGGGCAUGUGGUUGGAUUCUCUGAUUCCAAUAAAAGCUUCAACUUGAUUGUUCUGAUAUAGCCCCACAUACCCUUUUCAGAUUGAUUGAGAUAUGAGUCGUAGGGUUCGGAGGAAGGUGGCUCGGAAAGGGAAGGAAAAGGUAAUCUUGCCUAGCUAUCGCGAAAUUGAGGAUGAGGUUUCGGGUUUGGACCGAAGUGGGUUUGCGGAUUGGACUAGUCUUCCUGAUGAUACAGUGAUUCAAUUGUUUUCAUGUCUGAAUUAUCGUGACAGAGCAAGCUUGUCGUCAACAUGUAAAACGUGGAAGGUUCUUGGGGUUUCGCCGUGCUUGUGGACUUCUUUAGAUCUUCGCGCUCACAAGUGCGAUGUUUUGAUGGCAGCUUCGCUUGCUCCUAGGUGUGUGAAUCUUCGGAAGCUUAGGUUCCGUGGGGCGGAGUCUGCUGACGCGAUAAUUCAUCUCCAAGCUAGGAAUUUGCGUGAAAUAAGUGGCGAUUAUUGCAGAAAAAUAACUGAUGCUACACUUUCUGUGAUUGUGGCCCGGCAUGAGGUGCUUGAAAGCCUUCAGCUUGGUCCUGAUUUCUGUGAAAGGAUCAGUAGUGAUGCUAUAAAGGCAAUAGCUCUUUGCUGUCCAGUAUUGAAAAGGCUUCGGCUUUCUGGAGUAAGGGAUAUCAAUGGUGAUGCAAUCAACGCUUUGGCCAAGCACUGUCUGAAAUUGACUGAUAUCGGGUUUAUAGACUGUCUGAACAUAGAUGAGAUGGCGUUGGGGAAUGUAGUAUCAGUCCGUUAUUUAUCAGUUGCAGGGACUUCGAAUAUGAAGUGGGGUGUAGCUUCGCACCAGUGGCCUAAGUUCCCACACUUGAUUGGUUUAGAUAUUUCAAGAACUGACAUUGGCUCAACUGCUGUUGCGCGAUUGUUAUCAUCUUCACCGAGCUUGAAAGUUUUGUGUGCCUUGAAUUGUCCAUUUCUUGAAGAAGAUGUCAACUUUUCCAGUAGUAAAAAUAAAGGAAAAAUGUUGCUAGCUCUUUUUACUGAUAUUUUGAAAGAUAUAGGUUCUUUAUUUGUCGAUAUCUCAAAGAAGGGGAAGAAUGUGUUUUUGGAUUGGAGGAAUUCAAAAAUGAAAGAUAGAAACUUGGAUGAAAUCAUGACGUGGCUUGAGUGGAUCCUGUCCCAUACUCUUUUGCGCAUCGCUGAGACAAAUCAACAUGGCUUGGAUGACUUUUGGCUCAAGCAAGGCGCAACACUGUUGCUGAAUUUAAUGCAGAGUUCUCAAGAGGAUGUCCAGGAAAGGGCAGCCACGGGACUUGCUACUUUUGUUGUCAUUGAUGAUGAAAAUGCUACUAUAGAUUGUGGAAGGGCUGAAGCAGUUAUGAGAGACGGUGGCAUACGCCUCCUUCUGAACCUGGCAAAAUCUUGGCGGGAAGGACUCCAGUCAGAGUCUGCAAAGGCUAUAGCAAACUUGUCUGUUAAUGCCAAUGUUGCGAAAGCUGUUGCCGAGGAAGGAGGGAUCACUAUUCUUGCUGGUUUAGCAAGGUCUAUGAACAGGCUAGUUGCUGAAGAAGCUGCUGGAGGGCUAUGGAAUCUCUCUGUUGGAGAAGAGCAUAAGGGCGCCAUUGCCGAGGCUGGAGGAGUAAAGGCUUUAGUGGAUCUUAUAUUCAAGUGGUCCUCUGGUGGUGAUGGAGUUCUGGAACGUGCAGCAGGUGCGCUGGCGAAUUUGGCGGCUGAUGAUAAGUGUAGCACAGAGGUUGCAGUGGCAGGUGGCGUGCAUGCUUUGGUGAUGCUAGCUCGUAACUGCAAGUUUGAGGGAGUGCAAGAGCAGGCUGCCCGUGCCUUGGCAAAUUUGGCCGCUCAUGGAGAUAGUAACAGCAAUAACGCUGCAGUUGGACAAGAGGCAGGAGCUCUUGAAGCACUAGUACAGCUUACACAAUCUCCCCAUGAAGGUGUUAGACAAGAAGCUGCUGGGGCAUUAUGGAAUCUUUCUUUCGACGAUAGAAAUCGAGAAGCAAUCGCAGCAGCCGGCGGUGUUGAAGCAUUGGUUGCUCUUGCACAAUCCUGUUCAAAUGCUUCCCCGGGUCUACAGGAAAGGGCUGCUGGUGCUCUGUGGGGACUGUCAGUCUCAGAAGUAAAUAGCAUCGCUAUUGGACGAGAAGGAGGUGUUGUCCCACUGAUUGCGUUGGCACGCUCUGAUGCAGAAGAUGUCCAUGAAACAGCGGCAGGAGCGCUGUGGAACUUGGCAUUUAACCCUGGCAACGCUCUCCGAAUUGUAGAGGAAGGAGGAGUUCCUGCACUUGUUCAUCUAUGCUCUUCCUCGGUAUCGAAGAUGGCACGCUUCAUGGCUGCAUUGGCAUUGGCAUACAUGUUUGAUGGAAGAAUGGAUGAAUAUGCUCUUGUUGGGACUUCAUCGGAAAGUAUUUCAAAGAGCGUGAGCUUAGACGGCGCUAGAAGAAUGGCUCUAAAGCACAUUGAAGCCUUUGUACUCACAUUCUCUGAUCCACACUCGUUCGCUGCGGCUGCUGCGUCAUCAGCCCCUGCAGCAUUGGCACAAGUAACGGAAGGAGCCCGUAUUCAGGAAGCAGGGCAUCUGAGAUGCAGUGGAGCGGAAAUUGGAAGGUUUGUUGCCAUGCUGCGGAACUCGUCAUCUGUACUCAAGGCAUGUGCGGCAUUUGCUCUUCUACAGUUUACUAUUCCUGGUGGCAGGCAUGCAAUCCACCAUGCGAGUCUUAUGCAGAAUGCAGGAGCAGCAAGAGUCCUGCGGGCCGCUGCUGCAGCAGCAACUGCUCCGCUCGAAGCCAAAAUCUUCGCCCGAAUCGUACUUCGCAAUCUCGAGCAUCAUCACAUAGAAUCCUCGCUUUGAAGACUAAUCAAGCCGGCUGCUAGAUGUUCUUGCACACAGAUAAAUGACCAACCUUCAAACUCGAUCAUGGACGGCCUCUUGCACAGCGGUAUAGAGCGCGAUAAGAACACAGUCUACGCGCGGCCUUCUGCUCUUUGAAACCUUAAAGUGCUGUAGAAAUUCUGUCCAACCUCAUUAAUCUCAUUUCCUUUUUUUCCUUCCUUUUUUCUUCUUUCAAGUCUCCUUAUUUCUUAGGCAUAAAUGUUGUUGAUUUAGGUUCGAGUAGCUUCCCCAUUGUAUCAAAGAGUACUUUUAGGUGGGGGAUCGGUCUUGUAAUCUUAUCACACAAUUUUUGUCUCUAUUCAUUGUGGCAAUCUCGUCUUAGAUAAUAAUACAUAUCUUAGCUGUUUUGAGACUUA